AUGGGCACCAUUUUGAAAAGGCUCAUCACUAUUUGUUCAAUGUAUCAGAUUAUAGCCAUCAACUUCUGGUCAGGCAUCUGCUCUGCACAGAAUGUUUCUACCGUUUUUAUUUUUGGAGAUUCUCUGGUUGAGGUAGGAAACAACUUCUACAUUAACACAUUGGCCAAGCCAGUGUUCCCAAAUGGUAUUGACUUUGCCGAAGGAAGUCCAUCCGGUCGAUAUACCAAUGCUCGAACAGUUGGUGACAUUAUAGAAGAAGAAUUGGGUUUUAAAAAUUACUCUCCUCCUUACCUGGCCCCUAAUACUACUGGAGAUUUGAUUCUGAAGGGUGUCAACUAUGCCUCCUCUGGAUCAGGAAUCUUGAAUUCCACCGGAUCAAUCUUUGGUGAGCAUAUUUGCAUGGAUGAACAAAUCAGUUACUUUGCAAAGACUAGGCAAGACAUCAUCUCAAGAAUUGGUGCACCAGCGGCUCAAAGUUUGUUAAGAAAGGCAUUAUACUUUCUCGCAAUCGGCGCCAACGAUAUAUUCGCCCAACAGAAAUCUACAAAGCGGGAUAUCAAUGUUUAUCUGGAUACUUUAGUGUCCAAAUUCAAAUCCCAGCUCACAACACUUUACAAUUUGGAUGCCAGGAAGAUUGCAGUGACAAAUUGCCCUCCCCUGGGGUGCACUCCUUUUGAGAUAGAUCAUUUAUGUGCCGAUAAUUGUGUUUCUUCCUUCAAUGACGUUGCCAAGUUAUACAACACUAGAUUGAAAAGCCUGCUUCAAGAGCUUACAACCAAACUUUCAGAAUCAAACUUUGUUUAUGUCGAUAAUUAUGCGAUAGUAGAGGAUAUUUUACAAAACUAUAGAUCAUAUGGAUUUGAGAAUGCAGACUCGGCUUGUUGCCAAGUGACUGGGAGGCAUGGUGGUCUAAUCGCAUGCGGAUAUUUGUCUCGAGUUUGUCCAGACAGAACAAAGUAUGUCUUCUGGGAUCCAUACCAUACCACUGAAUCAGCUAAUCUGAUUGGUGCAAAGCAUGCAUUGGAUGGUGGCCUUGAAUAUGUUUCACCCAUCAACAUCCGACAGCUUGCUAAUUCUUGAGCAAACCCUAUAUAUAAACUCAAAUUAUCUGAGUAAAAUGUGAAAGAAAUAAAAAAAAUAAU